AUGGCUGACUGGUAUACACCGAGCCAAACGCAAAAAGCAUUAGAAAUCACUUGGCGGAGAUUUGAAUAUGAUCCUACACCAUUGAAGGUACCAAUAGUAAAAUAAUAAUUAGCGCAGUGAAUAGUUUAUAGCGACAAAUUAAUUUUUUUUUUUUUGUUUAUUUUAAUUUGCAUAGUUUACUUUGUAAAUAUCAGUAACGUAUCCAGAAGAAAGAUGUUUACAGCCCCUCUCUACAUUGGCCGUGUUAAAAUGCAAACAUACAAUUAACUGGACUAAAUACAAACAAUUGUACUAAAUAUAUGCAUUUGGCAAAAUAACCACAACCCUCCAAAACUUAGACAUUGCUUUGAUAAUAAUUUGCUUGAAUUAAAUUGAAUAUAAUUUAAAUUUUUUCUAUGAUAAGCCGAUCCUCCUAAACCGUUACAAAAUCCUGAGUACGUUACUGAUAUGUAGAGAAGGUCCAUUUAAUUUUCGAUUUCAAAAAAAAAUUGUUCAUCCCUUUUUAUCAUGUUUUAUAAUAUUUUUUUUUUUUUUAAAUGAUAAUUGGGAAUAUUAUGUUAUAUGGGAUUUUAAAAUGGUUUCAACAACGUUUUAAUACGUUACUUAGACCAACAGUCCCAAUGUGACAAAGCUUGUUUUUAAGUUUUUAUUAGGCGUAUUAUUUCUCCACAAUUGUUGUAUAUAGGAAAUAAAAGACGAAGAUCUAAUAAACUACUACAAUAACAAACAACACGUCUUGCCGAAAAUGCAAUAUGAUUUGAAUCAUCCGACCAGCGCGUACGAUCCGAAUGUGAAAAAAGAUAGCGCGAAAAGCAAAAAACAAAUACACGAAAACUUUUACUACGAAGUGCGUAACGAAACGAUACAAAACCUCUUGAACCGGAAACAAGUUUAAACGGUUUUUAUAAUAAUUUCUGUUUUGGUUUUUAUUUUCGAACCUUAUAGGAAAGGCAACGGUCCGUGCCCAUAUUGACUUCACACGAGUACGGCCACCGGUUCGUAGAUUUGGAAGGUAGAUCGUUGGGUCACUUCAACAGAGUGGAAGACAAAUCCGGAUACCGACCAUCGGGUAUACCGUUCGACCAGACGGUCGGGCUACCAAGGAGUACAAAUAUUCUCGACGAAUGA